ACAGAGAAGGAACCGCCGGUUCCGAGCUCUGCGGAUCAAUUCUGAAGGUUCGGCUUUGGUUUGUGGUGCUUCUCUGCGCAUGCGCGUGGACUCAUCACGUGGUUUCCUGCAAGCUGGCGGUCAGGUGAGGACUUCCGAUCGGGUUCGAAACCAUCAGCAUGGCGGUCCAGCUGUGGUGUCUGUCGUUCCGACAGCCUUAUGCCGGUCUGGUUCUGGACGGUGUGAAGACCGUGGAGAGCCGCUGGCGCCCCCUGCUGGUGCCGCUGGAGAACCGAACCCUAGCGGUGCACGUCGCCUGGCGGGACUGGGAGGGGGAGGAGUGGAGGGCGGUGCUGGGCGGAGCCUGGGGCCUAAGCGCCGCUGGCGUCCAGGAGCUGCUGGAGUCCGGGGAACGCUUCGGCCGCGGCGUAGUGGCAGGUCUGGUGGAUGUGGGCGGGACCUGGCAGUGCCCCGCCUCCCUGCCGGAGGCGGAGCGAGCGGAGCUGCAGCGCUCGGCCGUUCUGAUUGGUCUAGAGCAGAAGCACCUGACCCGCCUGUCCAAUCCCCGCUGGCUGAAGGGGCCCCUGAAGACCCCGGGAGGUCGCGACCUCUGGACCGUGGAGAUUCCUGCUGAGCUGUUGCCAUGACAACACUGGUAGUAAGAGGAAGUAACAUUGGGGUCGCCCCCGGUCUCCAUGACAACAGAAACCUGCUGAGACCCGGCUUCUUGUGUAAGCUCCUCCCCCCGACCUGACAGACGGGUUCUGGUCCGUUUCAACAUCAGCUUUCAUCAUGUUUGUAAAUAUUCAAUAAAUUUCUUCUGGUUGAAAAUA